AUGUCAAGCUCUGACGAUGAAUUAGAUGCAUUACAACUUUCAGCCGAAGCGCAGAGAGCUUUAAAAGAGUUUUAUGAAGAACAAAACGAAAAAUUGUUAUCUCACUGUGAUGAUAAAGAUGCAACAGAUGUAAAAUUUGAUGAAGAUUGGCAAUUAAGCCAAUUUUGGUAUGAUGAAAAAACAUGUGAACAAAUCGUUGAAUGUGUACAUAAAAUGGUUGGAUCAAAUGGUAGUGUAGCGUUGAUAUCAUGCCCUACAUUGUAUAAAACCUUUAAGAAAAAAGCACCCACAAUGUUAAUUAAACUAUUUGAGUUUGACAAAAGGUUUAGUGUUUAUGGUUCAAAUUAUGUUUUCUAUGAUUAUAAUGAACCAAUGAAAUUUGAUGAAGAACUAUUGAACAGUUUUGAUUUAGUCGUUGUUGACCCACCAUUUCUUUCUGAAGAAUGUUUGACAAAAUCAUUGCAAACUACAAAAUCUUUAACAAAACAACAUGUUAUAUUGUGUACAGGUGAAAUCAUGGAGGAACUAGCAAAAAAAUUACUUAAUGUCCACAAAUGUUCAUUUGAACCAAAGCAUAAUAAUAAUCUUGCUAACCAAUUUGCUUGUUUUACAAAUUUCUCAUCUGAACUCGAUUAG